CGCCCGGGCGCGCCGGGGCGUUGCUGGGAAACAUCUGGCGACGCCUGCGGCUCCGACCUGCCGACAUGGCGGCGGCGGCGGCGGCGGCGGCAGCGGCGGCGGCGGCGUUGGCGCGGCUCGCGGCGGCCUUCCUCCUCCUCGCGGCCCAGGUGGCCUGUGAGUAUGGCAUGGUGCACGUGGUCUCCGAGACAGGGGGCCCCAAAGGCAAAGACUACUGCAUUCUCUACAACCCACAGUGGGCCCACCUGCCACAUGACCUUGGCAAAGCGUCUCUCCUGCAGGUGCGGGACUGGACGGCCUCCGUGCUCUGCUCUCCACCCGACCUCCCCGCCAAAGGCUUCAGCAACCAGAUCCCGCUGGUGGCGCGGGGAAACUGCACCUUCUAUGAGAAAGUGCGGCUGGCGCAGGGCGGCGGGGCCCGCGGGCUGCUCAUUGUCAGCAAGGAGACGCUGGUGCCCCCAGGAGGCAACAAGACACAGUAUGACGAGAUCGGGAUUCCCGUGGCCCUGCUCAGCCACAAAGACAUGCUGGACAUCUUCAAGAGUUUUGGCCGAGCAGUGAGGGCAGCGCUCUACGCCCCCAGCGAGCCCAUGCUAGACUACAACAUGGUCAUCAUCUUCAUCAUGGCCGUUGGCACUGUCGCCCUCGGGGGCUACUGGGCCGGGAGCCGGGACGUGAGGAAAAGGUACGUGAAACACAAGCGGGACGACGGGCCCGAAAAGCAGGAGGACGAGGCCGUGGACGUGAGCCCCGUCAUGAUCUGUGUCUUCGUGGUCAUGUGCUGCUCCAUGCUGGUGCUGCUGUACUACUUCUACGACCAGCUCGUCUAUGUGAUCAUCGCCAUCUUCUGCCUGUCCUCCUCCACGGGCCUGUACAGCUGUCUGUCACCAUUGGUCCAGAGGCUGCCAUUUGGCAGAUGCAGGGUCCCCGACAACAGCCUGCCCUACUUCCGCAAGCGCCCUCGGGUCAGCAUGCUGCUCCUCGCACUGCUCUGCCUGGCCGUCAGCGUGGUGUGGGGAAUCUUCCGGAACGAGGACCAGUGGGCCUGGAUCCUUCAGGAUGCGCUGGGCGUCGCCUUCUGCCUCUACAUGUUGAAAACCAUCCGCCUCCCCACUUUUAAGGCCUGCACGCUGCUGCUGCUGGUGCUGUUCGUCUACGACGUCUUCUUUGUGUUCAUCACGCCCUUCCUGACCAAGAGCGGGAACAGCAUCAUGGUGGAGGUGGCGACCGGGCCCUCGGACUCGGCCACCCACGAGAAGCUCCCCAUGGUCCUGAAGGUGCCCAGACUGAACGCUUCGCCGCUCGCCCUAUGUGACCGGCCCUUCUCCCUGCUGGGCUUCGGGGACAUCCUGGUGCCAGGGCUGCUCGUGGCAUACUGCCACAGGUUCGACAUCCAGGUGCAGUCGUCCAGGGUCUACUUCGUGGCCUGCACCGUGGCCUACGGCAUCGGCCUCCUGGUGACGUUCAUGGCGCUGGCCCUGAUGCAGCGUGGCCAGCCUGCUCUCCUCUACCUGGUGCCCUGCACGCUGAUGACAAGCUGCGCCCUGGCGCUCUGGCGCAGGGAGCUGGGCAUGUUCUGGACGGGCAGCGGCUUUGCGAAGGACCUACCUCAGUCUCCUUGGGCGCCAUCUGCAGCCGAGGACCCGCAACCUCGGAAGGACUCCGCCACCGGCCUCCCCCAGCCGCCUCCAGGCGAAGGACUGGCCAAGUGCCCCCCGCCCAUGGAGCAGCCCCCAGAAGUGUCUGCGCCCGAGGAGACCGGGGCCAGAGCCCCCCCAGGAGCCCGUGAGCCCCGCAGGCCCCACCCCCGAGCCCACGAGCCUGGUAGGCGCCUCGGCCUAGGAGGUGGCGUAGACUCUCGGGCCCUCGCUGCUGCCCCACCACGCUGAGAGACCCCGAGACUGGACCUGCCCGGCCCCCCCAACUUGGUGCUCCGGUCUGGCCGAUGCCCCUGCUCUUCCUCCUCCUCGAGCCGAGCCCAGCUGCAGCCCAGACCCUCUCCAGCUCCGCUCCCAGCUCACGUGGCUGCCGCGAGCCCCUGCCCCACUCUGGCCCACGAGGUCACCAUCAGCGUCAUGCGAGCGCCCAGCUCCACGGUCUUGCCUGUCAACUCGGUGUUUCCUUGGCAAGGGCAGGAAGCUCCCCCUCCGACCGCCCACGGCUGCAGAUCACCCACAUUUGGUGCUUACCACGCUGCCGCUUCCCUCAGGUUGUUGCCCGCACCGCGCUGGGCCAGACACUGGUCGGCAGAGCCCCGUGGUGCAGCCCGGCUGGUGUGCGUGCCGCUGGCUGGCGGGCCAGACCUGCCUCGGGGUCGGCGGGGGCCGCGCAGGAGCCUCUUCCGUCCGUCUGGGCCGCCCGCAUCUGUGCUCCAGCUUCGCCGCCUGUUAAUAAACGGCCACGACUUGUUGAACUCGGGUGGUGUCGCCUCUUGGGUCUGAGUCUCUGGGACGGCCCUCGUCAGGGCAGCCGGGCGCCCCGUCCAUGGGGCUGCGUCCUUCCCGUCGGCUCCGUUCUUUCAACUUAGAGGGAUUGGGGGGGUGCCCCCACCCUCCUCAUGACAUCUGCACGCUCCCAGCCCCACCCCAGCCCGGCCUCUAGGGACAACACUGGCCAGGCGAGCGCAAUUUUUGCGCUCCACCCGGGAACUUCUGGAAUGUGGAGAAUAUUCUGGAACUGGCAUUUUGUCUUCUACCUCACUGACAGGGUUCUCCGAACGUCACGACGGAAAUGCCGCAGUAGGACUGGCCGCGGGGCAGCGGCCCCCACACCGUGGCACGCGCCGGUCCACGCAGCCUCCAGACUCAAGCCCAGAAAGCUGUUUCCACCGACGUGAUGUGAGGGCACAGAUCCCCCAGCCACGCGGUCCCAGCUCUGUCCCCUGUCUGUCUGCUGCUCAGUUGCAGACAGCAGGCACGGGAUCAACCAUGAUCCAUUCCAAAAAAUACCAGCGCCAGACAGACUCACACACAGCCUUUGUUAGCCAUGCUGCUCUAAGAAGAAAUGAUGUUUAUUCCAAAAAAAACCAAAAACGUCUCCCACCUGUUUGUGUGUCUCUUAAAACAACAGGUGACCCGGGAGGGAGACCAGCCGGCCCCAGAGAGCCGCCCGACGGGGAGGCCAGACCGGGGUGCAGGGUCUGAGCGGACCGCCCCCACACCGACCUGCACGUCCCUCUAAGCCAUUUUGUACGUUUUGGUGUAGGAGCCAGAAUCUCUCCGUUCUCCGUGUUUGACAAGCGUCGGGGGAUCCGAAGGCGGAUGUUCGUUCCUGACGUUUCUGUGUUCCGUCUCUGCUCGCUUCUGUUUGAAUCUUACAAUUAAACGCAGCUUUUGAGAGCCGCCGCUCGGCCCUCAUCUUCUCCGCGGUGUGGCCCCGGCCUGCAGGGUCGGCUGUGCUGAGGUGCCGGAGCGAGUCCACAGCGGCCGUGUGGGGCUGGGGUCCUGAUUCGCGGCAUGUGAGAGUCAAAGGAAGCCUGGCAGCCUGUCGCGGGCCCGUGGACUUGGUGUGAAGAGCUAGCUGGCCGGCGGCUGGGGUCUUCCGGCCACAACUCGUUGGCCCUGCUGCUGCAGCCACGUGACACAGCAUGUGGCACACUGGCGCGGCCACGGCCAGGACGCUGCCGGACACGGAGAUAUGGAGUCCUACGUGCUUUUCCCAGGUCAUGAAAUAGCCUCCCCUGGAUAGUUUUCACCUAGUCAAAAAGGUGCAGCCCUUAGUGAGCGUCUGUGAAGGUCGCCCGCCCCCCCCCCCCCCCCAGCAGCCCUGCCAGCCCCGGUGGUGGCCACCAAGCUCUUUGCGGGAGAGAAGGCGUGUCUCCACGGCCACUCCACUAGGCUGUGUGGGGCCGACUCCUCCAAGACCAUCCCGAGACCAGGUGCUCAGCACUGAGCACCGAGGGUCCCCAGCCAGGCCGCAGAGCCUGGGGGGCUCUGGUGGGUGCACCCCUUGGCCCACCAGCCCUGCUCGCCCUGGACUGGUGCUGGGCCGUGCCUUCGCGAGGGUGGCGAACGCAGCGGGUGCCCAGGAGGGGUGCCCCACACGCUCGUUCUCACGGGGAGGGGUAGCGCAAGUUGGCGCCGGGGAGACUGAGUUCCUGCUCUGCGGUGGGGCACAGCUCUGCGUGGGCGUGGGACCACAGAGUUGGAACGGUGCUGUGAGGGCAGCGGUUUUCUUUUACUGGGUUGCAGAGCUUACGUAGUUCUCAUUAACUGUUAACUGUUCCUUCCCUCCGUCUCUACUGAGCGCCUGCUGUGUGCCCCCGAUUCCCCCUGGGGGUGCACGUGUGAGGCUCAGACCCGCUCUGCCCCGGGUGGCUGAACCUGGGGAGCUGGGGAGGGACAGGACACAGGUCCACUCGUGCCUCUGUCCUCGGGCGCAGGCAGGUGUCAGGGAAGGUACAUGGGGCGGGCAGGUGGGGCCUCCGGUGGGGAGGUGAGCAUGGCUGGUGGGAGGGCGGGGGUCGCUGGCCACAUGCGGAAGGCAUGGCCCAUGUCACCAGCGGGUUGGGAGGCAAGAGUCCUGGAAAGAGCCCAGCGGUGGCUGCCCUGUGGGGAGAGGAGGGUUCCCCCCCCCCCCACAGUGCCCCAGCUCGGGGACAGGUGCAGCAGUGGGAAGAGCCCACUGGCUCUGGAGUCCUGGCUGCAUGCUGGAGCCGAGUGACCUUGGUCGUGUCACUACCCUCCCUCUGGGGCUGAGCUGCCUCUUUUGCCAAAAGGCACGAGAGAUGCUUCUGCAGGGCCUGCCUCGGGAGAUGGGGCCACACGGCAGGCAGCUGGGGCCCGGAGGGAUUGCUCCCUCUCCAGCACCGUGCUUGGCUCCCCGUGGCUUCUAGUGCUUCCCACAAGAGGACGUCCCCGCCUAGGCCUGAAGAUGUUGCCACCGUUGGUGGUAAGACAGCUGGUCCCUGAAGGCAGUUCAGAAAAUAUCCCCAAAGUGUCUUGAGCGAAGAUGAUGGUUCUAAUGAAGGGGGUGUUCUCCUGGGCCAGCGCGGAGGCAGUCAGUGGGGGGUGGGGAAGGCUGGGCUGCCGCGUGGCGGUGGCAGGUGCAUCAAAACCGAGGCCAAGCCACUGCCCCAGCCGGGCCGUGAGAAACACACCAAACCCCAAUAGAAGGGCAUGGUGCGGACCCCUACUGGCCCUUCCCCGACGGCCCACGGCAUCAAGAUCGAGGGGCCCGAGAAACCCUCCCACCGGAGGGGCCACGAACACAGAACAAGUGCUAGGGAAACCGGGAAUCCCAAUAAAGUGUGGAUGUU